GAGAUGGAGAGCAUGAGGCAUCAUAUUUUGAUUGCGUGGCUGUGAACUGCUUGGCCUGAAUCAAUACGAGUCUGGUCAGCCUGCGGAUUCUCUGUUUGACCGGUGGUCGUAUAUAUAAACGUCGCCUCCAAAGGGACGAUGCUGGAUAGGUCAGCCGCAUCUCCUCAUGCUUCUCUUCUUCACGGUCGCCGCCCUUGGGGCACUCAAUCCCCGACCGGUGCUGGGAGGACAGGUUCCGACGCUCGAUGGAGCGUGGGGAGCGAGCCAUGCGCAGGCUACAGGUCACAGCAACGUCAUCGAGCAAGGAAAUAUGGCAGCAGUCACUCCCGGAACGCUACGCGUCACUGAAAACAGCGGAGUAUGCGAGACCACCCCAGGCGUUUACCAAGCAUCGGGUUAUGGCGACAUUGCUGCAAAUGAGAGUAUUUGGUUCUGGUUCUUUGAAGCUCGCAAUGACCCGGACACUGCGCCCUUCACGAUCUGGUUGAACGGCGGGCCUGGCAGUUCCAGCAUGGUCGGCUUGUUCCAGGAGCAUGGCCCCUGCCGCAUUACCAACGACAGCAGCAGCGUGACAUACAACCCGUAUUCGUGGAAUGAAGUUUCGAACAUAAUGUACAUCGACCAACCCGUAGGUGUGGGAUAUUCUUAUGGCACUCUGGACGUGGGUACCUCCGAAGAGGCCGCCAAGGACGUUUGGACGUUCUUGCAAAUAUUCUUUUCUGAUCCACGCUACAGCAAAUACCAGGAACGUGACUUCGCUCUCUGGACCGAGUCAUAUGGAGGACACUAUGGCCCUACAUUCGCUGCGUAUUUCCUGGAACAAAACGCCAAGGUUGCAGACGGGACCGUCUCAGGUCUCCCAAUCAACCUGAAGUACCUUGGCGUCGGCGAUGGCUUGACAGACCCUUUGUCCCAAUAUCCGGGGUACCUGAGCUAUGCUGCCUCGAAUCCAUAUCACCCAUUGGUGUCUACGUCCGAGAUCGAAACGGCUACCUAUGAUUGGAACAAGACGGAUGGAUGCAUGAGCCAGAUCACUGCAUGCUACGACAAUGGUUCCGAUGAAACCUGCUCUGCUGCACAAGACUACUGCAACAGCAACAUUCUUAGUCCUCUCGCAGGAGAUUACGAUGUUUAUUACGUCCUCUCUACCAACCCGGAUCCCUAUCCUCCAGAUCCCACUCCCUACCUGAACAACGCGACAUUGAUGGCAGAGAUAGGCGCGGACUCAAAUUGGACGGAGACGAACUACAACGUCUAUCUCAACUUCGCUAACACUGGGGAUUGGAUGCGAAACUCUGCGCCUGACCUCGAGGUUGUGAUCGACGCUGGCGUGCGGACGGUCAUCUACGAUGGAGACGCGGACUACAUCCUCAAUUACAAGGGCGUCGAGGCAAUGGUUGCCCAUUUGCAGACCAGAUUCAGCAGCGAAUUCGCUCGACAGAAAUUCGCGACUUGGACUGUACAUGGUGAAGCUGCGGGCAUCUACAAAAAUGCUGGUACGUUCUCCUACGUCAGGAUCUUUGGAGCUGGCCACGAAGUAGCCGCUUACGAGUACGGCGACCUCAGCCGAGGCGAGGCGGCGCUUCAGAUGUUCUCUCAGAUCAUGAGCGACCGCUCUCUGUACUCUACGUGACGGAUUAAUGAUCGCAUAUGGGCUAAUUGAGCCCUUUUAAUUACGAUUUCCGUCGUGAUCAGAGCGUAUUACUUAAAACGAUCUUCUACUAAAGCUUUAGCUUUACUAUUGAAUAUUGAUCUGUCAAGUGGCAUAGAAGUGACAUCCCAGAGCAAACGAUUUUGCCUAACUCGCUACAAAGUAAUGGACGGAUCCAUGCAUAACAUUUUUCGCAUAGGUAUCCUUUUGGCCUUUUGGCACGGGUUUCUGGAUUAACACCCUCGAAUUGACCGAUAUUAUCCAGAC